AUGGCGAACGCAGGAAUUGAGCGACGCGUCGACAUCCAAAUCCCGUCCUCCUCUGAUGACAUGAUGUGUGGAUGGCUUUAUUCAUCAGACCAUUUUACAUCUUCAUGUCCCGGUUCAGCAAUUGUUCUAGCCCACGGAUUAGGAGGAACUAAGGAGCUGAAAUCGAUGUCUAUGCCGAUAGAUUCAACCAACUGGGGUAGACGUGUGUUGUAUUCGAUUACCGCUGCAACGGGGGAUCUCAAGGUCUACCAAGAGCGCUGA